AUGAUUGAAAUAGAACAGACUUAUAAAGAAGAAUUGAUUAAAAUUGAAAAAGAUGAAACUGUGAUAAAUAACGAGUUUGAUGAGUCAGAAUGCUAUAUUGAUAAGUGGAGAAUGGUAGAAAGUAAAUUAGUUUCGCUUUUAGCUGAAAAGGAAAACGGUUCUGUUGUUAAUGAGAGCUUAACUCAAAAUGCUACUAUUCGUUAUCCUAAGCUUAAACUUCCGAUUUUUGAUGGGAAUAUUAAAAGUUGGUUAGGAUUUUGGGGCCAGUUUAAAAAGAUCGAUAAUGAUCCCAAUUUAGAUGAUCAUGAUAAAUUUGCAUAUUUAUUGCAGUCUAUGGAAAAAGGGUCAUCUGCUGAAGAGUUAAUCAAAAGCUUUCCGCCCUGUGGUGAAAGUUAUAGUAAAUCUUUAGAACAACUGCAAUCGCGUUUUGGGAAAGAAGAGGUCUAUGUUAGAGAUCUACUUUCGUUAGUAUUAUUAAAAAUCUCUCAGCAGAAAUUUUCAUUACGAAAACUCUAUAACCUAGAAUCGAAACUUAGAGCGUUAGAAGUUCUGGGUGUUGCUAGAGAUAAAUACGCGGCGAUGUUAUAUCCUCUAGUCGAAUCACCAUUGCCGGAUGAUACAUUAAGAGCAUGGCAAAGAUUCCGAGUUAUUAAUUGCAGUCAGAUAGAAUCUGAAAGUAGUGAGCGAAAAGAGAAAAAUGCGUCAACACAUCGCAUGGAUUUAGAUGGUUUGCUUUCAUUUUUGCUAAUGAAAUUGAAGGUGAAGAGAGAGUAUCUAUAG